AUGGCUCCGCUGAUAGACUUAACCAUUGCGACCAUGACAGUGGACCUUACGCAUGUAGUCUAUACGUGGAACCUUUCCGCGCCCAAGACCAAAAAAAUCUUUGUCGGACAACGCUUCGAUCGUUACAGGAGUCUUCAGAAAGACUGUCUGACGACGGACGUCGACAGCGCCGUGGAUGACGAGGUCAUGAUCUCUAUCAAACUCGUUCAAGAACCCGGCGCUGCCUUCCCCGUGGCUCACAUGACGUUCAUGCCUUUGGCUGGUCGCCAGCGUAUCCGCGUUCCUCCCGGGUUCAGGAUCAUCCUCAACAGCGACUCCUCUAUUCUCGUCGAGCGUAUGCAACUCGAAGGAGCUGUCCCCCCCGCGCUGGCUGACGCGCGAGUGCACAACGCCAACUGCUACUGGCUUACGCCGAGGCGUGAGGACGGGCACGCCGUCAGAGAAGCGUGGCUCAGGUAUGAAUUGGUCGGAAACUUAGGACCCGGUGCCCUUCUCUGGCCCGUCUUCAAACAGCCUACAAGCUUUGACCGCGAAUCACUCAAGGACGUCAUCACGCCGUGGUCUGUCCGCCACUUCCUCCUCAACAAGGCCCUCGACGUCAAAGACAGCCUCAUUCCGGCGGCCAACUUCGUUGAGCAGCGUCACCGUGUCCACCACGCACGCAAACGAUUCAGUCUCAACAAUAUCGACUUCCUUAUGUUCCUUGCCGGAGACCCUGAGGAACGUCGCGCCGAUAUCGAAUUUGGUGCGAAGCUCGUUGUGGCUGCGUUGAACUCGUUCGUAGUCACAGACGCGGUGUAUGAGAAGACUCUCGCAGAUGCUUACGCCAAGGGAAUGCUGGCUGUGUAG